CAACUUUAAUCACAGUGUUCUCAUGUGAAUGCUCCACAGCGAAACCCCCACAUCUUCCCUUACCUGUCUAGCUAUAAAGUUGUCUCCUCUAUGCCCAUUUAAGCUUCUUCUUCUUCUUCUUCUCCUCCUCCUCGAAGUCCAGGUACAAAAAAUGGGAAAAUCUGGUGCUGUUGUUUGUUUAACAAUCUUGGCCAUGGAUGUCAUUGCUGGUGUACUAAGCUUUCAAGCUGAAAUCAACAAAAACAAGGUGCUGAAUCGGCUACACAGAGUUGAGUGUGACGAGGAAAGAGGAAUAUCAGAGACAUUUAAGCUUGGUCUAGCUGCAACUUUAUUACUGGCAACAGCUCACAUUAUGGCUAAUUUGCUUGCAGGGUGCAUGUGCUUUUGUAAUUCCAUGGAAAAGUUGGAGACCUCUUCUUCUAACCUCCAAAUAUGCUUUGCAUGUCUCAUUUCAUCAUGGAUCACAGCAGCUGUUGGAUUCCCGGCGCUGAUAAUUGGAAUGUUAGAGAACUCAAAAUCACAAGGACUAUGCAGGAAUAUUUUGCACCAUCAUUUUCUGUUAAUUGGAGGUAUAUUAUGCUUCGUGCACAGCCUCUUCUGCAUUGCUUUUUACGUUGUUCUUACUAUCAGUUUUGGAAAUCAAACCACUAGUGGAAAUAAUCAUCAUCAACUUUAUCCUUGACAAAUGACAACAUUUCACGAUUGCUUUAACUCUUUUGUUUUCUUUUUGAUGU